AUGAAACUGGCCUACUUGCUAACUGUCUGCAUUUGGUGCUAUGACCCAACUCAUCUCCCCAUCCCUGCAGAGAAACCUGGGACCAUGAGGAGCAGCCUGACCCUGGUGGGGACCCUCUGGGCCUUCCUGUCCCUUGGUACUGCUGUGGCCAGUUCUACCAGUUACUUCCUGCCUUACUGGCUCUUUGGAUCCCAGCUGGGGAAGCCAGUGUCAUUCAGCACAUUCCGGAGGUGCAACUACCCCGUGCGGGGAGAGGGGCACAGUCUGAUCAUGGUGGAAGAGUGUGGGCGCUAUGCCAGCUUCAGUGCCAUCCCAAGCCUGGCCUGGCAGAUGUGCACAGUGGUGACAGGUGCCGGCUGUGCUCUGCUGCUCCUCGUGGCACUGGCUGCUGUCCUGGGCUGCUGCAUGGAGGGGCUCAUCUCCAGAAUGAUGGGACGUUGCAUGGGAGCAGCACAGUUCGUGGGAGGGUUGCUGAUAAGCUCAGGCUGUGCAUUAUACCCCUUAGGAUGGAAUAGCCCGGAGAUAAUGCAAACAUGUGGGAAUGUCUCCAAUCAAUUUCAGUUAGGUACCUGUCGGCUUGGCUGGGCCUAUUACUGUGCUGGAGGUGCAGCAGCUGCAGCCAUGUUGAUCUGCACCUGGCUCUCUUGUUUUGCUGGAAGAAACCCCAAGCCUGUCAUGUUGGCGGAGAGCAUCAUGAGGAACACCAAUUCUUAUGCCAUGGAGCUUGACCACCGCCUCAAACCUUGA